AUGGCCUCGAACAACAACUUUGGAGCAGAGACAACUGCUGAAGAGGUGGCGUCGGCUUUCCGUGAUCAAAUUGCCGGAAAGACGAUCCUCAUUACCGGCGUCAGUCCCAAUGGCCUCGGUGCUGCCAUGGCUCACGCUCUGGCCAAAUAUGAGCCGGCAAAUCUCAUCUUCACGGCUCGAACAGUCUCCAAGGCAUCUGCCGUGGCCGAUGCCAUACGAAGCGAGAGUUCUGGUCUGAAGACGCAAAUCCAUGUCGUCAAGACCGAUCUAUCGGACCUAGAGAGCACUCGUCAAGGUGCCGCCGCUAUCCAAAAACUGACGCCUCACAUCGACAUCAUGAUCAACAACGCAGGUGUAAUGGCGAUUCCCGAGAGAGAAAUCAACAAAAACGGGCUGGAGGCUCAUCUGGCCACCAACUUCCUGGGCCACUUCGUCCUCACCACACUUCUUCUUCCUCAGCUAAAAGCCGCCGGACCCAAGGCGCGAGUUGUCAACAUUGUCAGCGGCGGAUUCUACGUCCAGCCCUUCCGAUUCAGCGAUUACAACUUUGACGGCGAUAAGGAGCUCCCAGGGGACGAAAAAGUUGAUCUCGAAAUGGCGGAAAAGUUUGGCAUGGGCUGGGUCAAGGACGCCGGCACGGGAUACGUCCCCUUUCUCGCAUACUCACAAACGAGCACAGCAUUGAUGCUCUUCUGCAAGGGUCUGAACGAGGGCUUGUCUGGAGAUAAGAUUACAUCUGUUACUGCCGCUCCCGGAGUCGUCCUGACGGAGCUCCAAAGGCAUCUCCCUGGAGAAUUCAGGAACCCAAAGAUGGUGUACAAGACGGCCAGCCAGGGGGCCGCAAGCUUCCUCGUUGCUGCGCUGGACCCAAGUCUAGCAGACCAUCCCGGAGCCUACAUUGAUGACUGUCAAAUCAAGGAGACGCCUCAACAUGCUCGAGAUGAUGCAGCUGCUCGUAAGCUCUGGUCGAUGGCUCAAUCCUGGGCGGAGGCGGCGUGA